AUGGCGGGCGGUCCGCCCUUCACCAUGCAGUCACCUACACAGUCCGCCCGUUUCGUACCUUACUCUCCUACAAGCAAGCCCAACAAUUACACCUAUGAUUCUUACCAGCCUCCCCCUCAAACUCCUCCAUCUUUCCCUCCAGGGACUGCUGCGCAAAGUCCACGUUUUGGUCAUCCUGGGGCUGACUCCUCCCCAUCCGCUUUGAUGAAUGGCAAUGGUCACCAACAUACCGCCACAAAUGCACAGUACCCCAUGAAUUCGACAUCGCCCAUUCAGCAGCAUUCACGCACCAUGUCGAAUUCCAUGGCAGGCUCAAAUGGCUACUCUUCUUACGGCAGCAACAUACCUUCCUCGCAUGCGCACCCUUCAAGCAGACAAGGCUUGCUAGCAAUUUCACCUAAACAAGAAUACAAUUCUGCUAUCAACAAUCAGAUGUUGAAUGGAAUCAAUAUGGGGGACAUGGCAAAUAUUGCACAGCCGGCGAAGCCAUCUUCUCAGGAGCGACCUGUGAGGGCGAACGAUCCGAUGUCAUUCGCAAGCAUUUUAUCCGAGCCUGCGACGCGUGCUAUUCCUGCCCAGAACAAAAUACCCUUGGCUUCGAAGUCGUCCCAGAUUACUACCGUAGAAUCCUCUUUCGUGAAGGGUUCUAUAAUCAAAAUGGAAAUUGAGCAGACCACGCCCUCUGCUAUGUCCCCAGCACUGGCGGCAACAAAACCGGUUCGGGAUGGAGCUGACCAAACAAUCGAUGCACCUAUACUGAAGCCCUUGGCGAAGCCGCGAAAAUCUCUCACUGCCAAAGAAAACGAGAGCAUUUCUCGUGCUAUGGAGGCCAUCGAAUCACAGCCUCUGAGUGAUGUCGAGGGAUCUGAAUUUGCUACUGAAAAAGGGCGAUAUGCACAGAAGUGCAGGAAACGUGCAUUAGAACUCGAAGAAGUGGAAAAUAGCAAAAGAAAGAGACGACGAACCCAUCUUCUCGACCAACUUCUGCGAUCGUUUGCGAUCCGUAACUCUGGCGCCUCUGAUCGCUUCCGCGCAAAAUACGAAGCCGCUGCUCAGAACGAGAUCCACGAAAAGGAAAUCCAAGAGGAAAAGGAGCGUAAAAAGGACAUGCAGCGAAAGCGUCGACGUGAAAAUACUGUUCGCGCGGAAAAGCUGAAAUUGGCCGAAGCCGAAGAGAAAGCCAACAGAACAGAAGACGUCGUUGAAAAGGAGAGACUCCUGCGUGAGAUUGAAAAGAGCCAGAAAAAGAUCAACCACACACAAAGCGUAAUGGAACGCGGGACUGCUCCCGAUGAGAUAUCAGAGGUAACACCGCUUGCGCCUAACUAUGAAGGUGGCACCACGUCCUCCUUCCACCUUGCCGCCCAAGCUUCUCCAGAACCACCUAAAAAGAAGGCCAGACCUAGUGGACCUGUCACCAGACCGAAGAAAUCCAAAGAAAAGAAACAGGCCGAAAAAGACGCUGCUGAGGCUGCGUAUGCCGCGAUGGAACGCGAGGAGCUAGUCCGCAUUGCACCAAAGCAAGAUCCACGGAAAGAGUCCAUCAAGAAGGAAGCCAAAGCGUCUCGGUCCAAGGAGAUGACACCUAUUUCACCGGUCACGAACUACGAGUCCAAAGGCUAUCAGCAGAUAUAUGAGCAGAUAUGGAGAGACCUCGCGCGCAAAGACAUUCCUCGAGUCUAUCGUAUCAAGGUCAACUCACUUAGUACAAGGCAGGAAAAUCUUCGGAAGACUGCUCAGCUUGCCGGGAAGCAAGCCAAAAAAUGGCAAGAACGCACAAACAAGAGCUUGAAGGAUACCCAAGCGCGAGCUAAGCGCACCAUGCGGGAGAUGAUGUCCUUCUGGAAGAGAAACGAGCGUGAGGAACGCGAUCUUCGACGAAUGGCUGAGAAGAAGGAAAUUGAGGACGCCAAAAAAGCAGAGGCCGACCGCGAAGCCAACCGGCAAAAGCGCAAGCUCAACUUCCUUAUCUCGCAGACAGAACUCUACUCCCAUUUCAUUGGACGCAAGAUCAAAACUGAUGAAGUGGAAAGGGCCACCGAUGAUCCUGAGGUAGCAGCUUCUGGAGAAAAGAUGCCGGCUGGCAAAGAUGAUGCACCCACCGUGGACCUACCAGACUCUGUUGCCGACUUGAGGAGCAAGGUCACGAAUUUCGAGGAUCUUGAUUUUGAUGCCGAGGAUGAUGCUGCGCUCAAGGAAGCUGCGAUGGCGAACGCUCAGAGCGCCAUCCAGGAAGCACAGGACAAAGCUCGAGCCUUUAAUGGCGACAACCAAAUGGCGGCAUUUGAUGACACUGAACUCAACUUUCAAAAUCCUACCAGUCUGGGCGAUGUUCAGGUUAGCCAACCAGAGAUGCUCCAGGCGCAACUCAAGGAGUAUCAGCUCAAGGGGCUGAACUGGCUUGUCAAUCUGUAUGAGCAAGGUAUCAAUGGAAUCUUAGCGGACGAGAUGGGCCUUGGAAAGACUGUUCAGUCUAUCUCGGUCAUGGGCUAUCUGGCCGAGCAUCACAACAUCUGGGGUCCCUUCCUGGUCAUUGCUCCAUCAUCGACACUCCACAAUUGGCAACAGGAAAUUGCUCGGUUCGUCCCAUCCAUCAAAGUGUUGCCAUACUGGGGGAGUGCGAAAGACCGGAAAGUUCUUCGCAAGUUCUGGGAUCGAAAGCACAUCACCUACUCCAGAGACUCGGAAUUUCAUGUCUUGGUGACCUCGUACCAGUUGGUGGUGCAAGAUGCCCAGUAUUUCCAAAAGAUCCGAUGGCAGUACAUGAUCCUGGAUGAGGCGCAAGCCAUCAAAUCGUCGAACAGUUCCAGAUGGAAAGUGCUGCUGGGCUUCCAUUGCCGGAACCGACUCCUCCUUACGGGCACACCAAUACAAAACAACAUGCAGGAGUUAUGGGCUCUGCUUCAUUUCAUCAUGCCCACCCUCUUCGACUCGCACGACGAAUUUAGCGACUGGUUCUCCAAAGACAUUGAGAGCCACGCGCAAAGCAAUACGAAGCUGAACCAGGAUCAGCUGAAACGCCUACACAUGAUUCUCAAGCCUUUCAUGCUCCGGCGUGUCAAGUCCCAUGUGCAAAAGGAACUUGGGAACAAGGUUGAAAAGGACGUCUUCUGUGAUUUGACCUACCGACAACGAGCCUACUACAGCAAUCUUCGCGGCCGGAUCAGUAUCAUGGACCUUAUUGAGAAAGCCACGUUGGGAGAUGACCAAGACACGGCCACACUGAUGAACCUGGUUAUGCAGUUCAGAAAGGUUUGUAAUCACCCCGACUUGUUCGAGAGAGCCGAGACGUCGUCCCCCUUCUCGUUGUCUUAUUUUGCAGAAACCGCGUCGUUCUUGAGAGAGGGGCCGUUUGUCAAUCUUGGCUACUCGAUCCGCAGCAUGAUCGAAUACGACCUUCCCCGAAUGCUGUGCAGUCCUGCUGGGCGUCUGGGUGUUGCUGGUCCGGAGAAUCCGCGAGCAGGGUUCGAGACGAAGUAUCUUGGUCAUCUCAUGAGUAUUUGGAACCCACAGCACAUAGCGGCAUCGUGUCACAACGCCGGCGGCUUCUCAUUCCUGCAGUUCGUUGACACAUCCUAUUCCCAGGCCUCCCGAUGCGCUCGUCUUGGCUUCCUCGAACGUGCCGUUGAGCUGAAGGGAAGAGCCAAACGCCAUCAUUUCAUGUCGUCGUUGAUAUACGAGGAUGAUGAAGAGACUCCACAGGCAACCCACAACAUGUUCAAUAUCGUUGGAGGUCACGACCGUCCACCUCCUGCGGAGAUUCAGCAUGAUGGUCAUUUGGGGAGUUUGAUGAACAUCUCAUCGCAAGUGUUUGAAGAGGACGGUUUCGCCAAAAUGGAACCUGCAGCGCGUCCGGGUGCCUGCGCUCCACCCAUCCAAAUCAGCUGCUCGGAUCAAAGCUCCAUCACCGAACGCCAGCAGUGCCUCUUCCACGUACCGACCCGACAGGCGCUGUUCUCUCUGCCAACGCAGGUCGAGGAGGCCAUGCUCGAGAAUGAUGUGGAGCCUAGUGCCAUCCCACCUCACGAUAUGCUUCCUGCGCCUGCAUUGGAAAAGGCGCGAUACACGAAUAUUUCGGUGCCAUCGAUGAGACGCUUUGUUACUGAUUCGGGCAAACUGGCGAAACUGGAUCACUUGUUGGCACAACUCAAGAAUGGCGGUCAUCGGGUGCUUCUCUACUUCCAGAUGACGCGCAUGAUUGACCUGAUGGAAGAAUAUCUCACUUACCGCAACUACAGGUAUUGCCGGCUGGAUGGAAGCACCAAACUCGAAGACCGGCGUGAUACGGUGCAUGAUUUCCAGACACGACCCGACAUUUUUAUCUUCUUGCUGUCCACUCGUGCCGGUGGCCUGGGCAUCAAUCUGACCUCGGCGGACACGGUGAUCUUCUAUGACUCUGAUUGGAACCCUACCAUCGACUCACAAGCCAUGGAUCGGGCGCAUCGUUUGGGACAAACCAAGCAGGUUACGGUGUACCGAAUGAUCACGCGUGGCACGAUCGAAGAGCGUAUCCGCAAGAGAGCUUUACAGAAGGAAGAAGUGCAGAGGGUGGUCAUCUCCGGUGGCGCGAGCGGAGGGGUUGACUUCAAUACCCGCCAUCGCGAGAACCGUACCAAGGACAUUGCUCUCUGGCUUGCGGACGACGACCAGGCCGCGCUCAUUGAACAAAAGGAGAAAGAAGCGGCAGAGAAGCCUGAGGAGGAGAGCAAAGGCAAGAAAGGGAAGAGAGUGACGGUUAGUGCCAAGCGGAAGCGGGGGGAGGUGAGCCUGGAUGACAUGUAUCAUGAAGGUGAGGGACAUUUUGAAGAUGCCAGCGCAAAGCCUUCGGGUGCAGCGACACCCGUUUCGGCGGUUGAAGUGGCAGCGCCUGGGGCGAAGAAAAAAGGACCUCGCGGAGGUCGAGGCGUGUCCAAGAAGGCGAAAACGGUGCAGGAGCGACUGCGUGUGAUCGAUGCGGAUGGGGAUCUGGGAAUGGGUGGGAUCUGA